AUAUGAAUAUACAUUUGUCAAUAAUAUAGUUAAAUAGAUGUAGUGAAGUACCAUUAGUUUGUUUUCAUAUUUGUUUUAUCUUUUUCUCCCUCUAAUUGCUCCCAUUAUUUUAAUAUGCAUUUGUACAACCACCAAUAUAAUGGUGAGAAAUAGAGGAGAUGAGAAAAAAGUUACAAAUUUGAUGUGUAAUUUAUGAAGAAAAUUUUUCGAUUUAUCUGCUGUUCUGUCUAUUUCUCUCCAAUCAAAUAAAGCCUAAGUGUCUAAGUCAAUAUUUUUUAGUUUUUGCAAUAUUUCUUAUUAUCUUUGUCCUUGUAAAAAAAAAGUAUUUAAAUACCCUAAAACUUCCACUUGGAUCAAGGUAAGUUCUUGUCUCACAAUGUCAGCAAGUUUACGAGGAGAAAAUUUGACUAUAAAUCAUGGAUUUGUUGCCGAAAAUUUUGAUGUUUUAAAUGUUCAAAAAGAUUGUAAUAGUAGCAAUAACUCGUAAUUUUUUGUGGCAUGAAUAGAAUAAACAUAGAUAGAAUUUACACUACUUUUCUUUUGUGUUUCAUGAGUUACCAAUUUGUCAUGUUAAGAUAAACAAACUUUUUACCAUUCAACGUUGGUAAACAUGAUUUUGAUAAAAGUUCAUAUUAAUUCUCAAGUAUGAAUAUACAUCUUAGAAGGGUAUUAUUGAGUCACUUAUAUAAUAUAACAUAGUGAAGUAUGUAUAAUCUAAGUAGUUCUAAGUUCUAACCUGAGACAGAGUGGGGCACUAGCCAGCAAGCAGUAGGAGUGAAAGUGGCAUCAUCAUAUAGAAGAUAAAUAAAAAGCGUCCUACUAGAUCUCACUAUAUGUAUCAUUAUCACAAGGGACAAGACAAAAGCUAAGUUAUUAGCCGUUGCAUUGGAGCAAAGGUAUCAUAAUUCAUUGAAAUUUUAAAUUAUUAUUUUAUCUGCAAGUGGUUUUAAUUUACCAUGAAACACUGCUCGAGGAAGUGUUAUAAAAAAUUAUUAGAGAUAAUAUCGAGUAUGAACACAAUUUUCUAAGAAAUAUAUAUUUUUUUUAAAUAGAUUCCUACAUUACUUAAUACUAAUAUUAUAUCUGUAACAGCUGGCUGCCAUUCAACAAAUAAAAAAUUCCUUAAUCUUCUUUUUAUAUUUUUAAUUAUUUUUUAAUGCCUAGUGGAAUUUGAGUUUAAAAUCUAAGGGGGGCAAAAAAAGAACUACUUACUCUAACCAAGUGAAUUAACGUACAUUUUUAGUUUAGUUGGUAAAUUCGUUGAUUUUAUUGCUUAUAGUAUAACAAUUGUUGGGGUAUGUACGAGUAUGCUUAUUAUGUUAUUAACUAAUUAUUAUAUGUUGUUUCAGCACUAGUAUAUAAAACUAAGCAAAGAACAUUGUUAGUCCACUGCAAACCACAAACACUUGAGAUUCCUUGUGCUUGAGAAAAUCCAGAGAUCUAAAUACAAUACAUCGAUCUACGUAUAACAACUUCCCUCAACCCCUUUCAUUGUUUUCUCAUCAUCUGGUACACUUGAUUUUGAAUCAUGGCUGCAAAACUUGAAGGUGGGGCUUAUCUUUCUUCUUUUGUUGAUGCUGUUUUGGAGAAGCUGUCUGCAAUACUUGAAGAUGAUGAUUUUGUCCUCUAAGGAAAUGACUCUGCCCUGGAGUUACUUCAAAAGUUAGAGAAAAGUCUAUAUGAUGUUGGACCUGUGCUUGAUGAUGCUGAGCUGAAGCAGUUUAGUGACAAGAAAGUGAAGAAGUGGCUCGUUGAUCUCCAAGAUGCUUUGUAUAAGGCUGAUGACUUGCUGGAUGAACUCUCCACUAAAGCCGCCACUGCCACUCAAAGAGAUCCAGGUAACUCUUCUCCCUGGUCUCACUAUGUUGAUUCAUGUAUUGAAGAUAGUGGCAUCAAUGUCAUCGAAAAAACAGUUGCCACACUAGUCUGUUGUAAGACGAAAAGGUUAUUUUUGUCUUUUUCCAAAGGAGAGUGCCAAGAUGGACAUCUCGUCAUGGAGAAUUCCAUCCACAUCUCUCGUUAAAAGUUUUGACAUAUUUGGUCGGGACCAAGACAAGGAGAGGAUAAUCAAAUCGCUGUUAGAUGGUACCUGCGAUGCUGAAUCACCUGUGAUUGUGAUCCCCAUUGUGGGUAUGGGUGUGAUAGGAAAAACUACUUUGGCUCAACUGGUUUACAAUGAUGCCAAAGUUAUGGAAAAAUUUGGCACUAGAGCAUGGGUGUGUGUUGCUGAAAAUCCUGACCCUGUUAAUGUUACAAGGACAAUAAUAGGGGCAAUAGAUUCUUUCUCUUGUAAUGUGGAUCAUUUUGAUUCACUUCAAACUGAUUUGAAAGAAAAGCUGACAGGAAAGAGAUUUUUAGUUGUUUUAGACGAUGUCUGGCAUGAUCACCGAGAGGAUUUUCUAAAACCUUUUCACUAUGGGAAUACUUGAAGUAAGAUUCUCCUAACAAUCCGUAGUGAAAAGGUUGCUUCUGUGUUUGCAGCUAACAAUCUACAUUAUCGACUUGGUUUAUUAUUGGACGAAGAUUGUUGGUCGGUGUUUUUGAAGCAUUCAUCUAUUUCUACUAAUUCUAAUCAGUAUGCAACUCUAGAACCAAUUGGUAGAAAAAUUGUUGAAAAGUGUAAGGGAUUACCUUUGGCUAUAAAGACUCUUGGAGGUUUAUUGCGCAAUAAGUAUAUUGAAGGGGAUUGGAAGAAUAUAUUUAAAAGUGAAAUUUGGGAACUCUCAGAAGAUGACAGUAAAAUUGUUCCUGCAUUAAGAGUUAGUUAUCAUUACCUUCCUUCACAUUUAAAGCGGUGUUUUGUUUAUUGCUCAAUAUUUCCCGAGUAUUAUGAAUUUGACAAAGACGAAUUAAUUUUGUUCUGGAUGGCUGAAGACCUUUUACAACCAAAGGAAAACAACACAUUAGAAAAUGUUGGUUGUGCAUAUUUUGAUGAAUUAGUUGCAAGGUCAUUUUUUCAACCUUCCAAUACUAAUGAAAAGUUAUUUGUAAUGCAUGAUCUUAUGCAUGAUCUAGCAACAUUUUUUGCUGGAAAAUUCUAUUUCAAAGUCAAAGAAUUCGGCAAUCAACACAUGAUAGACAGCAAAACUCGUCAUUUGUCAUAUGCUGCUACAGAAGAUGAGGAUAGCAUCAAAUUAUUUCAAGAGGCCAAUAAUAGAGCAGUACACAUGAGAACGUUUCUAUAUUUUUCUUUUGUUCACCUUCGUAAAUCAAUUGAUAUUGAAAGCGAUCCUUGCCUGUUACGCCAACAAUUGGGUUGUUUAAGAGUUUUAUCAUUUGAACAGCUUUUGCUAGCGUCAUUGCUUGAUUCAAUAGGUGAAUUAAUCCAUUUGCGUUAUUUGAAUCUGUCACACCUAUUGUGACAUUGUCCGAGUCAAUAUGUAAAUUAUACAAUCUCCAAACUUUGAAGUUGAAGAAUUGUGCUCAGUUAGAGAUGCUUCCCAGCGGCAUGCAAGGUCUUGUGAACCUGCGCCACCUUGACAUUUGAGGUGCUCCUCAUCUGAAAGCGAUGCCGAAGGAAAUAAGCAAGCUAAAGCAUCUAAACUUCUUAAGUGAUUAUAUCGUCGGCGAGCAUGAAGAAAAUGGGAUAAGAGAACUGGGAACGUUGGACAAUCUCCAUGGCUCAUUUUGCGUUUCCAAGAUGGGUAACAAGAAGCACAUCAACACUUUAGAAUUGAAUUGGCUUCCAGAUGGUUACAUUGAUGAUCUUCAAACUGAAAGAGAUAUACUUGACAAGUUACAACCUCAUGAAAACUUGAAAGAGUUAUCAAUUGUGGGUUAUCGGGGUGAAACAUUCCCAGAUUGGUUAGGCCUUUCUUGCUACUCCAAUAUGACCAAAUUGAGUCUGGAUCGUUGUAUGAAUUGUUGUAAGCUUCCUUCAUUGGGACAGUUACCCUCUUUACAGCAUCUGGAGUUUUCUGAUCUUGAUGGGUUGGAGAAAAUUGAUUUAGAGUUUUACAACAAAAACAAUGCAUCAUUUCAGCAGGAGACGCCCUUCAAAUGUCUUGAAACUAUGAACAUUGUAAAUAUGCCUGCUUGGCGGGAAUGGCAUUUUCCUCAAGAGUUUAAUGGUUUUCCUAAGCUUAGAGUCCUUUCACUAAAAAGCUGUCCGGUGUUAAGCGGAGAUCUUCCUGCUCACCUUCCGGCUCUGGAGGAACUUAACAUUGAUGAAUGUGAAGAGCUUGCAUGUCUGCUGCCAAGGGCUCCCAAGCUUCACCAAUUACUUGUAGAGGGUUCUUCUAUGUCUUUCGGGGGAGUGGAACCGCACAACAUAGAAAUUUCAGGAACCCAGCUGGCAAAUUCCGUAUUGUUGUGCCUGCCCCACAUCCAACCGCCACGUGUCCGAUGUCUGCGUAUCAGUAACUGUGAGUCAGCGAUAUCAAUUUCAGCAGAUUAUUUGCCCGCAUCAUUACUAUGUCUGCAAAUCUAUCAUUGUUCAAAAUUAACAUUCCCAGAGCAAGUGCAACACAAGUCGCUAAUGGAGAUAGAGGUAGGGGGGGUGUGGUUCACUGACGUUGUUUCCAAUGGGGGGCUUUCCAAAUCUCGAGAAGCUCAAAUUCUAUAUCUGCGAAAGCAUGGAAUAUGUUGUGGUGUCAGAGGCUAUUCCAAGUCUCCGUUAUUUUGAGCUCUCACAUUGCCCCAGUUUAGUAUCCUUGCCGACGCUAGGGAUGGCUGCACCCCACCUAGAGGAGCUGCAUCUAUACGAUUGCCCAGAAAUCGAUUGUUUUGCUGACGAGGGCCUCCCGCUGAGUUUGAAAAAACUUCAACUCACUGAGUGCCACAAACUCGCGAGUUGGAUAGCAUCAAAUGGUUUGCAGAGUGAAGGCCUUACCCAUCUUGAGCUUUGUCGAUGCAGUGAUGUAAAGUCGUUCCCAGGAGAGGGUUGCCUUCCUGCUUCUCUUGAGUAUCUAGAAUUGAGGAAAUUACCAAAUCUGGAGACGCUUGACUGCAAGGGGCUUCACCAUCUUACCUCUCUCAAAAAUUUAGGAAUCAGAUACUGUGACCACCUUAAUAAUAUAAGAGAAGAACAUUUGCUUGCAUCCAUAGAAAAUAUCUUCAUUGGGAAUGAAUGUCCUUUGACGCGUAAGCUGAAAGAGAUGGAAGAUCUACGGAUUGAAUUCCGCAGUUACUACCUAGACUCGGAUUACUCUGAUGAUGAUUACUGGUACGAUUGAUUCUGAUUUUACACCAUUUUAUGUGAAUGAGAGGGGUCAAAGGCAUACGGGAAGAUCGAAGGCUGAGGAAAGGUGAGAAUUGGGGUGCACUGAAGUUUAUAAAUGGAGCAACUUGCUAUACCAAUGAAUCUCUAGAACCACCGAUUAUGUCAACUAAAUGUGCUUCUGCUGCAAAGAAAGCAAAUAAUCAAGGUAUUGGGCUUGCCAGAGACCAUGAAAGCAGUAUGAUUUCUUUCUUGAAACAUUGAAUCUAUAAUUGGGACUGCUAGCCUGUGUGACUUGAAAAACCGGUAGCAAUUCAAUGCUUGGUUGCACCCUAGGUAAAAUGUAUUAGACUAGAACAUCGCCUACUUCUUUAAUAUGUGGCUUUUCAUCAAUAAUAAAUCCUCUGCCAAGAUAACACAGACAAUUGAAGGAAAACUUUUUGAAUCCUCAAGAAGGAAGAGCUUUUCUUCUUUCACAUCAAUCUUGAAACCAUUCAAGUGAUUUUGGGAUAUGUAAAAGGUAAGGGGUCUGCAUGAAUAAAAGGCAAAGAUGAGGAGGAAAGAAUCUCUCUACCUGAAGGACCCACACCUUGGCAAAAAAUUUCCCAUGUAUGGGGCAUUGAUGAGAUAUUGCACUAGCUGAGGCUGUACAUGGUUCAGCACCUGAUAUUGCUGGAAAAAAUUUUGGCAAAUCCAACUGCUUUACUGCUGAGUGGUGUUUCAAUGUUGCGCCAUUUGAAUCUCAACACAAAUGCAGACGGGAAGUACGGAACUGCUGAUCUUGGAAGCAAAGCAAAGACAACCGAGUUCACCAAUGCAAUCAUUGAUUCACUGAUCAAUGCAGUGUUAUGGCCUUGAGAGGGUUGGAGUCUCUUACGCUUCUAAAAUGCACUUUGAGUCUUUGAUUGAUAACCCUCUUUAGUCCAUUUUGCUAUUCUUUGUCAAUAAUAUAGUUAAAUAAAUGAAGUACCAUACACAUGUUUCAUUCAUUCUUCUUUCAUCACUCUGCCUGCUAUUUGCUUAAUUUUAAGUUCAAUAACUUACUGGAAAUCGCCACUCGUUUGUGUUCCUCAGGGUUUGUUUUGUUGGAGUAAUUCACACCAAUACAAUCACGCCAAUGUUGGGAAUUAUCCCAAAAUAAUGUAUAUUUUUCCUUUUAACUCCAAAACCAUAUGUUUGAGUAUAUACUUGAUCCAAAUCAUGGUAUACCAAAAUGGGAAAACAAACGUUCAAGUUUCUAAUGUUGUGAAGGAAAAACGGUGAGGAAAGAGGAUUGUUUUUACGGCAACAAUC